AUGCAAACAGAAUAAACACGAUAGAAGUGUGUUAGCGCGUUUCAGUUUACUCAUAAGGCAGGCUAGGCAAGCCAUGGGAGUUAACAACCCUUCCAUCAUCCACUCGAGUUCACAACUAGACUCUUCUGCAUACUGAAAUCCCCAACCUACGACUCCGCGUUUCUAUCAUGUCAGAGAAUGCCCCCGGAGGAGGCUAUGCUCAUGUUGCCAUCACAAAGCCGGGGCCAAGAAUAAUCGAGAUCGCUGGCCAAGUUGGCUAUACGGUAGCAGGUACAAUCUCUGAAGAGUUUGAUCAGCAAGUCCGCCAAUCAUUUGCGAACCUCAAGGCUGCACUUGAGUCGGUUGGUGCAGCUCCCAGAGACGUGACCAAGGUUCGGUACUACAUAAAGGAUUUCGACAAAGACAAGUUGCAACACCUGCGAUCAGCCGUGCAGGAGUUUUAUGGCUCCGAGUACCGAGCCCCUAGCACCCUUAUCCCAGUACAUGCCUUGUUUGAUCCUCAUGUCCUCUUUGAGGUUGAAGCAUCGGCUGCUCAUUAACUUGGCCCGAAAAAAUUGGACGAGAACUUGUCGGGAGCCGCUUUCGAUCUGCUAGUGACCGUUGGCCUUGGUAUUGUGUGGAGGCAUCUCGUCGGUUGGAUAUCAGAAGGGUUGAAUUGGCCCAUACAGGACAUCGACCAGGCCUUGUGCAUAUGCGUCGGCCUAGUGGCAGUGCCACAACAAAAUAGACACCUGAAGGUCGGGGUAGCCCUCAGGCGGCGUAGCAUGAUGGUUGGACGUCAGGGACCAGGGACACAGGGAAUAGGGGAAAACCAAACAGCGUGGACCGUGGUGGUGGGACUUGUUGGGCGUGCGAUUACUUGCAUGGAUAUUGUGUACUUAUCUAGGAUAUUUAGUUUUCAGCGUUCUAUAGAAAAGAGUCUUUCAAUGCAAUA